AUGAUGCACUGCUGGAUAGAUGUGGAGGAUCUUAUUCAGUCAGCCUCGACAGAUAAUAGCAGGGAAAUACCAACGCCCCUGUCUAUUCCAACAGACUUCUAUCCCACUUCAGUUGCCCUUUCGAAAGGCAUACUACUCGGCCUCGACGCUGACCUCGUCCAACGACGAGACAAUUACUUUGCCUUCUUCCGCCUUACUAUACGCUCUCAACUCUUUUUACCUGAGACUCUACGGCGGCAUCUCGCCCAGCACGAUCACACAGCAGCCUCAUCGCUUGCUCUUCGCUACGAGCAUCUACCAUAUUUCUCUCAUUCUUUGGAGGUGCUUCUCCACUCCGUCUUAGAUGAUGAGGUUGACCAGGAAUUAAAUCCAGAAUCGGCGCUCCUUCCAACUGUGCUAUCUUUCCUGUCAUCCUUUCCAGAUUACCUCGAUAUACUCGUCCAGUGCACUCGGAAGACCGAGGUUCGGUCUUGGCGUACUUUAUUCAACCAUCUUCCACCACCCAAAGAACUCUUUGAAGCUUCUUUAGAGAAAUCCAUGCUUAAGACCGCCGGUGGCUACCUGAUCGUGAUGCAGACUCUCGAGAGCAACCACAGCCCUGAUGAAUGCGUUAGGCUACUGCAAAGGGCACAGCAGGCAGGCGAUUGGGAAUUGUGCAAAGAAUUGGCAAGAUUCCUGAUGGCAUUAGACACAAGCGGUGAAACAUUAAGAGAAACGAUUGAGAGGAUGAAUGUUGAAAUGUCUAAGACUGAAUCUGGAAGUAUCGGCUCAAGGGCACCGACAGUAAACGGUUCACGAAGGAGCUGGACGCCGAAGCUUAUAAAUGGUGUCCAGAGCUCUACCAACAGCGAGGAAUGA